AAUUCCCGUUAGAUGGACCGCACCAGAAACAAUAAAAUACAAUAAACAUUCGCUCAAAUCAGAUGUGUGGAGUUAUGGCGUGCUUCUCUUUGAACUGAUGACCGAUUGUCAAACCCCAUAUGAAGGAAUGAGCAUUGAGGACGUGGUAGAAAUAGUUGAUCGGGGCUACCGAAUGCCAAGGCCUGUCAACUGCCCGUAUGCAAUGUACGAGAUGAUGAUGAAAUACUGGAAUAAACAUUCGGAGCAUAGACCCUGUUUCGAAUAUCUCGAAAACUUUUUUUAAGAAUUCAUCGAUCGAACAUCUAACAUCUGUGGUACAAAGUAGAUCUCUUAAAAAAGAGCCAUGGGAAAUAGACCGUUCGUGUCUGCAGCUUAUCAAGUCUACUGGAAAAUACAAAUUUGGUGAUGUAUGGGAAGGAAAAUUAGAACGCACCAUCCACGUGUGCGUAAAAGCACUUAAACCAGGUACCGUUGCAAAGGAGAAAUUUCUUGCCGAAGCAGGGAUUAUGAAGCAGUUUAGAAACGAAAAUCUGGUUAAAUUGUAUGGAAUAUGCUCAAAGGGUGAACCCGUUUUGAUUGUCACGGAGCUCUUAAAUGGUACCUUGUUGCAUUGGUUGAGGACUGGUGAAGGUCGCUAUAUUAAGACCCCUGAAGUGGUGGAUUGUGCGGGACAAAUAGUGUCAGGCAUGGUGUACCUGGAACGAAAGAAGAUCCUACAUGCAGAUCUGGCUGCAAGAAACGUAUUCAUGGACAAGAACGUUUGUAAAUUGGGCACUUUCAGUUUUGCUUCAGUGCUGAAAGAAGACGAAUACGAACGUCCAGGGCAAGAACUAACUCUUCCGAUCAAGUGGACGGCACCAGAAGUGUUACUGAAUGGCAAGUUCUCGGCCAAGGCGGAUGUUUGGUCUUUCGGGAUUCUACUGUAUGAAUUAGUCACCCUAGGUCAUACACCUUACGUAGGUAUGACCAAUCAGGAGACAAUUGAAAAGGUCACGCACGGGUACCGCAUGUCACAGCCAAACACGUGUUCCCCGCGAAUGUAUGACGUUAUGAUCAAGUGCUGGAAUGCACGGCCAGAGGAGAGGCCAACGUUUAGUUCCCUAGCGGCUUUCUUUGACAGUUACUUUGAUGGUGACUGAUAAUCGUUA